GAGACCUGCGGUACCGCUGGCUUAGUUUUUGUUUGCAGAUAACAAGAGCGCGCGCUUGCAGGUUGGAAAGUGAACUCGGUCCCGGUACAAUGGCUCUUCUCCCGUGACAAGUCGCAGUGCUGUGCAACACAUUUGAAGUUUCUGUCUAACGGAGUUGUGUUUUCUUAAGGUUUAUGAGGAGCUGGAGCAAGAGAUGAACUCUGAGCAGGAAAGGCCGUUCAUUUGCAGCGCUCCAGGCUGCUCUCAGCGUUUCCCCACAGAAGACCAUCUAAUGAUUCACCGCCACAAGCAUGAGAUGACCCUCAAAUUUCCUCCCAUCAAAAGUGAUAAUAUGCUAUCAGACCAGACACCAACCCCAACACGCUUCCUAAAGAACUGUGAGGAGGUAGGACUGUUCAGUGACCUGGACUGCUCCAUCGAGCAGGAGUUCUGCAAAGUCCAAGAGGAGGAAGACACCAAACCGGUGAGAGAGUGGGGCCUGUGGCGCAGCUGCACUAAUAUCGCUCUUCAUGCACAACCAGGCCCCAACCAGCACCAGCAACCUCACAGUGGAAUGUCCAACCAUGAGAACAGCAUUGUGAUACAGCAAGCAUUGCCAUCACCACAGUCCAGCUCAGUCAUCACUCAGGCUCCAUCCACCAACAGACAGAUCGGCCCAGUUCCUGGCUCUCUCUCAACACUGCUACACAGGAGCAGACAUCGACAGCCUCUGCCAGCCUCCAUGCCUGGCACGCUGCCUGACCCAACCAUGCAGGGAUCCUCUGCCGUACUAAUGCCUAUGGAGAGACAAAUGUCCAUGGGCUCCAACAUAAUGGGCAUGCAAGGCCCCACCCACAACAGCUCCUGUUCCUCUCCUCAUGUACCAUCCAUGCAUUCAGAAGCAAAGCUGAGACUGAAAGCUGUUCUGGCUCACCAUCCAGGGCCUAUCUCCAAUGGCAACAUGAAUACAAUGGGUCACAUGAUGGAUAUGAUGUCAUCACGGCAAGAGCAGAGCGGCCAUCACCAUAUGCAUUCUCACCCUCAUCAACACAUGCAAGCCCCGCCCCAUGGUUACCCACAUCACACCCACCACCAUGGCCACACCCCGACAGGCCACCACCACCCGCAGAGCCACGGGCACCAUAACUCUCACCCAGGCCACCUACACCCUGGUCACGGGCAUCAGACGUCUCCACAUGCACCAAUGCACUCCUCUGCCCCUCAGUUAUCCCCGGCCGCGCAGCAAAUGCAACCAACACAGACACUGCAGUCUGGACAACCCAGUGGAGGUCGGCGCAGACGAGUGGUGGACGAGGACCCUGAUGAGCGUCGGCGCAAGUUUCUUGAGCGGAACCGGGCGGCAGCUACACGCUGCAGACAGAAGAGGAAAGUUUGGGUGAUGUCCCUGGAGAAGAAAGCUGAGGAGCUCACCCAGACCAACAUGCAAUUACAGAAUGAGGUGAGCAUGUUGAAGAAUGAGGUGACUCAGCUCAAGCAGCUCCUACUGACACACAAAGACUGUCCCAUCACCACCAUGCAAAAGGAGUCACAGGGUUACCUCAGUCCAGAGAGCAGUCCAGCAGGAAGUCCAACCCCUGUGUCCCAGCAGCAGGUCAUCCAGCACAACACCAUCACCACAUCCAACACGGUCUCCAAUCACUGCACAGACAUCAACCCCAUCCACUAGAGCCCCUUUAUGUCUUAGACACUCGAACAGCUGCACCGUGAGCUCCGUGAACAAAGGCACACUUCUGAGCUUCUGUGGCAACUCUUUCUUCCAUAAGUAUUUGGUACAUGUAUGGUUUCAUCUCAUGGUUUCUUUGGUGGGUUUUUUGGUUGUUUUGUUUUGUUAUAUUUUUUAAUUUGAAAAUAGUUUCAAAAGGAGGCCUAUCAAAAUGAAUCCAGUGCUGAAAUUUUUAGAAUGACCUGUUCACACAAAUUUAAGGUUCAAUAUUAUUGUGAUUUUACAUUUGAGGAGAUGUUGAGACCGUUUCUGCGUGUAUUACUGAUUAACUGUCUGUCCCUCAAAUACUACUGCCUUCCCACAUAUGCAAGUCAAACUGUAGCAUCGGUGUGGUGUGUCCUUUCUCAUUCUCUGAUCUAUAAUGCCAAAAAAAAACAAAAAACUAUUCAUUUUGUAUCUGUUUGUAUUUAAAAAUGAUUUACGAAAAGUAUUUGUCCUGUCCCACUUCCAGUCUCCUGCAAGGCGAUGAACUAAGAAAACCUAAUUGAUAAUUCAUUAUGUAUUGAUGACAAUAACGAUGUUAAACGGAAGCAAUAUACAUCAGUCUGACGAAUUCUCAACAUUUCUUUCAUUUUACCGUCAAUUUACCAGAUCGAAUUCACAUCACAACACCACAGUGUAGUAUAUUAAUUACCGCUUGGCUGGUGCUCUACUGUGCUGCUUUUAUAGCAGCAGCCAGUAAUUUUAAAAACAAUUUCUAUCACGUAGUGUUCAAGUUGAGUGUUUGCCUUGUUGAAAAUUCGUCAGAAUUCUGGUGAGGCCCACUGUUUGUGUGUAUGUGUGCAUGAAUCUCAGUGGCUGCUCUAGCCAUAUGCUGAAUCUCAGCACGGUGACAUUCUCGAUACAUCUCUACUUUAUAAAACCUCUGGGCCAAGUUACAAAGGCCUUCUGUAAAGUAAGAAAAUAAUGUAAUCACCAGUAAUCAACGUUUGUUUAAACCUGCAUGGCCAUUGUUCUGUUGGAUGAAUAUGAGGUUGAAACCUAGCCUUUUGGGGUUUUUUUUUUUUUUAGCAUGGCCAGAAGAGUCUGUCUCUUGGUUGCUCCUUAAGUCUAUGAUUAUGCAGUAUGUAAUAUGAUCAUUCAGUCUAACAGACUCAACAGAUGUUGAUUAGAUUGUCUGGAUUGAGAGACAUAUAAGUAAGAAAGCUUUAUGAGCAGCUCUUCCUAUCAAGGACCAAGCAAAGACUCAAUAGAGGUCUACAGAAUUUCCUAUGGCAGAUACGUAGGGGUCUGCAGGAGAUCAAAUCUGCUGCUGCACUGGAGAUCUUCAUAUUGAUAGCAGCUUCUUCUUACUAUAAGGACAUUCCAAUGUGAACUCUAUUUUUUGCCCUUUGUAUCUUUGUUUGGUUGUUUGUUAAAAAAAAUCUCUUUACCUCAGGACUGCAUAAUCCCAGACACGAAGCUGCCCACUAAGUGGCUGAGUAGGCCUUGAAGCCCUGAUGAGGUUGUAUCAAUUAGCUGUCUCCCUUUAAUUAUGACUUAUUACCUAGCGCUUUUUUGUCUGCCUCGAAGAGAAUGUAGCAUUUUACUAUUUCUUAACAGGUACCGAUCUAAACUAUGCUUUUCAACUCUCACAUUGUGCCUGAAAUAUUUUGUGACUUACUCACAUGAAAAGAAUGUCAGUCAUUAUUAAUAUCAAACAUUUUGUGUGUGUGUGUGUGUGUGUGUGUGUGUGUGUGCGUGUUGAAGAUUUUAUGCUCUUUUGUAAAAGUUCAGACUAAUUGCUUGCUUGCAUGGAGUCGUUCCUGGCGAUUCACUUUGGUGAACACUUGGGUAUUCCUCUGGACCUCGGAAGCCUGUGAUGAGAGCACCUUGACCUUCUUUGACUUUUCCCAGGCAUCCAUGGUCAAGCCCAAAUAAAUAGUUAAGUUUGCGCCAAAAUGUCCCCCUGAACAGGAGAAAAGGUCCUUCUUCCAGCAGCUGAACUCUCAAGUAUUCCACAGCUUGUCAAGGACAACAAAUUUUACCCUUCUUAAUUGGAACAUAUUGAUUUCCUUCGCCUUCUCAUGCAGCACUAUGUCCGGAGCGGAAGUGUGCUAAAACACCUCCAUUUUUAGAGGAGGAUCCAUGUAGCUGUCUAUGCACUUUGACCUCUGCGAGUACAGCAGAGUUUGAAAUAGCCAUAUUGAAGACUCAGUGAUUCUUCUGUUCCCACACCAGCGAGAUGCAGCCCCUGUCAUCCCAUGGAGACAGAGGUAUCGCAGCCUUUUGUAUCUCCCAAAAACAAGGAGUCCCUUAUUGGGCCACUCUACUGGAAUCCAAGGAUAUGUAUAUGUUCACUUUCAGACUUUGUGUCUAAAUUCUCUUAUAGCUUUAAAAUAUUAUAGAUAUCUCUUUAAGAUGUCUCUUAUCUACAAAACUUUGUAGAUAACCUUUGUAGGUUUUUCACACUGUGAAGGUGGCUGGGGUAGUAAUGUGAAACAAAACAAUAAUGUUUUCUAUUGAGUCUAAGACCUCAUGCGUUGCGUUUGCGUUCGGUCAGUUGCAGCAGUUAUCCAAAAUGAACAAUGUAACUGAAGCCAGCACUUGCUACAUGUAGCAUUGUAAAGAGGCUUUUUAUUUUCAUUUGUUUCCAACCGAUUUGAUUUGUGGUUUGUUACAGCUAAACGCGAACCUGUUCACAGUACAUGUGUCAUCUCAGUGUGCAUUUCAGUACUUCACUCUAGUUCCUACAUUGCAAUGUAGUGAACUGGCAAGAAGGUUGGCCACCAUAGCUGUCUUAUUCCAGACUAAAAAUAGACAUGAUAUUUGUACUGAACUCACAAGAUUUGCAUCCAUGUUCCCCAGGCAUGAAAGAUAACAUUAACGAUUAAAUGGGUCUCUAUGGAGGACCAUAUGGUUGUCGUUGGAUACAAUUAUCAUCCAGUAACAUGUCUCAGGCCACGCUGGAGUAGCAAAGUUAAACAACCAUCAGACGUCCUGCAGUAUUUCAUCUCUUCAGCCUUUUCAUUUCAAAUGACAGCAGAUCAGGUUAACGUCCACUACGGGCGACAUCACCUCUGCUCACCACAAAGGCC